AUGGCGGAGGAGGAGUCAGCGCAAGCUGAGACUCCUCCUCUUGACAGUGGGCCUCAGAGCUCCGAGAUACCCAAGGAGUCAGCGAUCCAAGCUGAAACUGCUCCUUCUAACAGUGAGCCGCAAAGAUCAGAGAUACCAGAGGAGUCCGCGAUAUCUCAAGGAGCCGGAAGUGCUCCGAACAGUGAGCCGCAGAGAUCAGAGAUACCAAAGGACUUGUGCGGAAGUGCUUGGAGUCCGCGAUAUCUCAAGGAGCCGGAAGUGCUCCGAACAGUGAGCCGCAGAGAUCAGAGAUACCGAAGGAGUCCGAGAUAUCUCAAGGAGCCGGAAGUGCUCCGAACAGUGAGCCGCAGAGAUCAGAGGUACCAAAGGACAGUCGGCGAAAGCUGA